CAUCCGGUUUCUGAAUUUUGUGGUUCGUGGAAAAACUCAUCGCUUUUAUCACCUUUUCGUUCUAUAUUUCGACUCAAAAACAAUGCAAUGAGCGAAUCAGAAAGACCCAUCAGUCUUAUGGAAACAGAAUUUCAGCAGUUUGAUGAGAAUGGUGCAUGGCUACCCAUUUAUCACCGUUUGAGAAAUGAAGCCUCUUUGAACCACCAAUUUACAGUGAAGGUUGCUAGGAGCCCAGAGAAUCGAACGAGGAACAGGUAUCGGGAUGUGAGCCCAUAUGAUCACAGCAGAGUCAUUCUCCAAAAUGGCCAGAAUGACUAUAUCAAUGCCAACUUGGUGGAGGCCCCUGAGGCCAACAGAAAGUAUAUCUUAUCACAGGGUCCAUUACGGAACACAUCGGGUCAUUUCUGGCAGAUGGUUUGGGAACAAAACAGCAAAGCUAUCGUCAUGUUGAACAGAGUGAUCGAGAGAGACACGAUAAAAUGUGACCAGUACUGGCCAUUAGGAUCAAGUAGAGGUUAUACGGACGAAAUGAUUUUUGAAGAUACGUUUAUAAAAGUUACAUUAAAAGAUGAACAGGAUAAUUCUUAUUAUAUUAUUAGGACAUUAGAAAUAGAGUUUUUAGAGACAGAAGAAAAGAAAACUGUCCUCCAUUUUCACUAUACAACCUGGCCAGAUUUUGGCGUACCUCAGUCCCCUGCUGCAUUCCUGAAUUUUCUCAUGGCUGUGAGGAGGUCAGGGGUGCUGGACAGGGAAGUUGGGCCUGCUGUCGUACAUUGUAGCGCAGGGAUUGGUCGAUCAGGGACAUUCUGUUUAGUUGACACUUGUUUGGUCUUGAUCGAGCAGAGACGAGAUAUGACAGAUCUUGACCUUCGCGCCAUUCUCCUUGACAUGCGGAAAUAUCGCAUGGGUCUUAUUCAAACUGCUGAUCAGUUUCGAUUUUCAUACAUAGCAGUGAUCGAAGGAGGAAAGCGUAUUCUAAACAGCUCUUUAGAUUCUGGGUUCGAAGAGUUUGAUCAAGAGUCACUCUCACCAGCAAAGCCGCCUCGCACGCACACGAACCCUACGUUUGUGGAUGAUAGUGAUAGUACGGACGAUGAUGUGGAGGAGUUCAUAAUUGAUGAUAACGGAUCGGAUAGCGAAAAUGGCAGCGAUGGUGAGCCACCACCACUGCCUCCACGUAGGAACCCACCACCUGUGCCGCCCCGUCGCCAAUUUGCCAACUCGCCACUGAACGAUGAAAGUGAUAAUGUUGAUGUUAGUGCUGGUGAUCAAAACUCUGUACAACUGGAGAAGGAGCAAAAUAAUGUAUCAGAGGAACCAAAGAAAGGCGAAUUUGGUAUACGGCGUCGAAACCGUGAGGAAAGGUCAAAGACAACAGCAGCACAGAUUGCUUUGAUGAAGGAGAGGCAACGAUCAGCGGACAUGGCGGGCAAGAGACGAUGGAGGGGGCAACGACUCUAUGCGGGCAUUGGCUGUGUAUCAUUGCUGGUUUUAGGAGGCUGCUAUUGGUUGUACACAAAGUAUCUUUAUUAACUUUUCUAAUCUUGGGCAAAUAUGAGGGUAGGUUUUCCUCCAGAUAUUAUCAAUUUCAAAACUAACAGUGCCAAGUAUAUCAUUUCAUAUAAUGGAGCUAAUGUUUAAAACGAUAUAGGUCACAAAAAGGAGUGGUUUGGUUCACAAAGCUACUUUUUCUGGAACAAAUGAAGAUUCUUUUCAUUGAUGGGGUUAGCUUUGAGAUUGACAUAUUGGAGAAAAAUCACAUAUAAAACAUUUAUGACAAGAAUCUGCAUGUGUAAGGUGAACAAUUCUUUACUCUGAGCAGCAAGUUUACUGGACAUUAUCAGAUCUGUUUUAACAAUAUCAGGUCAUUUGUGUUAUUUUGAUUUUGAGAAGUCCUCUGCUGUCAAUAGAAGUUUCAAUAAGGAAGCGGUCUGACCAGGGAUGAAACCUCCUACCUCAGUGUGUGUUUCAUCAAGUUGCUGUAGCAGUGGAAGGAAUAUUACUGUUAACUGACAUAAAAUUUAAUUUUAUUGAACAUUGUUAAUGAGCUAUUAAUCAUUACGUAAUGAUUGACAGCUGUCCAUCUUUUUGGAUUGAAGUGUCGAAAUGGAGCACUUGCUCUGAUCGGAUACUGUAGCACAGGAAAACUGGCAUACAUGCUAUUUUGGCAAUCUCUCUUCAAAGCAGACUUCAUGCCAAGAUAGUUGAAUCAUGGUUUAGAAGGCCUUGCCCUAUAAUGUUAACAAAGACGUGUAACAUUUAAAAUGAGUGACGAAGACUGUGUGACCUGGUUCAUUUACAACUUUUGUCGUUGCCACUCUUUUCCGUCUUACAAUACAUAUCUGUAAUUUUGUUCAUGUUACUUUCAUGUCAUGUAAUCAGACAUUUUAUGUUCAAAAGGUAGAGUCUAUAAUAUAUAUCUCUUCUGACUUGACUUCAUCAGUAUGUACAAGUAUGAUUAGAUAUUUACCUAAUUCUUUGUUACCUCAAUAGGUCAAGGUUUCUUAUUUCCUGAUUGUAUAAAAUUAAAAGAUGUAAACUUUUGUUUUUGUUUAAAGUUCUUUUGUUCAUUAUACAACAGAUCUUUAGAGAAGUGUUACAUUAGUCAUUACAAUGUCCAUGUUUACAAGUAAGAAAUACGGUAGCUAUUGUGGAGCAGUAAUCUGGGUGAUAUUGAUAAGAGGAAAAGGAUACCUGUUAUUAAAACAAAAAUCAUGACGAGUUCGGUCAAAUUACAGGUGUGUUACUUUGUAUGUGUAACAGUCAGAAAUUUAGAUUUGUGGGGAGAUGCCUUAUUAUGGGCUGAUGACCAACCAUAUCCUUUGCUAAGGGAUGAAAUUAAGUUAAGAGUUGUCCAUUGAACGUGGCUUCAAUUACGCAAAUGGAAGGAUUUCUCACUGAAAAAAACUAGGUUGUGGUGAAACAUGUGACAUCAUCUUUUUUAUCUUCAUGCUGCCCACUUAAUAAAAAAAACCACUCUCCAUCCAGUAGCUUUGGACGGGUCAAAAGGUGGUUACUUAUUCUUUUACAACUUUGUUAUUUGAUGGGGAUUCAAUGGUCAUUAUGAGUCCAGGGCACCGUUGUUCAUAACUAGUUGGUCACAAACUUGAUGUUAACUUAACUUUGUGUUGAGUAAACUGGACUGAACUGAGGAAAUAAUGCUGAGUUAAAGUCAAUGUCAAGUUCGUGACUGAAUAUUGUUUAGAUCAAUUCGGUCAAACAAUAAGUGUACAGAUUUUUAUAUUAUUAUAUAUACUUGUAUAGCGAUCAUCACGGUUUUGUACUUCAUCAGUGGGAUCAAAAGAAAGUAUGUACUAUUGUAUUAAUGAUGAUUUUUAACUUGUAAAAAGUUUUUAAGUAGUGAUAUUAUAUGUUAUGAAUGUAGGACAUCUUCACUGUACAAAACUUCUGUGGCUCUGCACAAUAUUUUAUCAUAGGUGUCAUUGGCAGGGCUUUCAUUUAUUUUUCAACCUCUUGAAAAUUUGACUUUCAUUAUGUGUUAGGUCAGAUGUUAUACAUCAUCUCCAAUAAAAAUAAUCUACUUAUGUAAUGUUUUAGGACUAAAAGGUGAGCUUUAAGUGCAUUUUAGUCAUUGCGCAGACAAUAAUACUACUUGCAUUGUGGGUCAAUUUUCUUUUUCGAUGAAUAAACUGACAUUACAUAAAUGUUUUUUGUAUUGACAGUAUAUGACAGAGUACUGUUCAGUGAAAGCCAUACGUUAAUUCGUCUUCUAGCCUUUAUUCUAAGUCAGGUCUCUGGCCCAUAGAAUUAUAAUUGUGCGUGCACUAAAUCAGAGAUUGAAUAACGCACCAUUUCUUAGAUGACAGUUUGUGUUUUUUUUUUAUACAAAAUACUAAAGAUUGGCUAUGGUGCUCUUGUUGUACUCCAAGAAGGAGCAAUAUUGCUCUUGUUGUAUGCCGAAAGAGUCAAGGCAUCAUAUGGUGCUCUUCUUGUACACAAAGAAGGAGCUAUAUUGCUCUUGUUGUAUGCCGAAAGAGUCGAGGCAUCGUAUGGUGAUCUUCUUGUACACAAAGAAGGAGCUAUAUUGCUCUUGUUGUAUGCCGAAAGAGUCGAGGCAUCAUAUGGUGAUCUUCUUGUACACAAAGGAGGAGCUAUAUUGCUCUUGUUGUAUGCCGAAAGAGUCAAGGCAUCGUAUGGUGAUCUUCUUGUACAAAAAGAAGGAGCUAUAUUGCUCUUGUUGUAUGCCGAAAGAGUCGAGGCAUCGUAUGGUGAUCUUCUUGUACAAAAAGAAGGAGCUAUAUUGCUCUUGUUGUAUGCCGAAAGAGUCAAGGCAUCGUAUGGUGAUCUUCUUGUACAAAAAGAAGGAGCUAUAUUGCUCUUGUUGUAUGCCGAAAGAGUCGAGGCAUCAUAUGGUGCUCUUCUUGUACACAAAGAAGGAGCUAUAUUGCUCUUGUUGUAUGCCGAAAGAGUCAAGGCAUCGUAUGGUGCUCUUCUUGUACACAAAGAAGGAGCUAUAUUGCUCUUGUUGUAUGCCGAAAGAGUCAAGGCAUCAUAUGGUGCUCUUCUUGUACACAAAGAAGAACUGUGUUGUUCUAGUUGCGUGAACAUGAAAAAAGCAUCAAGAAGUACUUAAUUGAGGUUUGUUCUCAAUAAAAAAGGGGGACUUUUUGCUCUCGGUUGUAUGCGAAAGAGCUAGAAGUUUCUGUGAGGAGGAGAGUGCAGCUGAAAAUGAGUUGGGCAUCAUGUUGUAACUUGUUCCUCCUGGUGGAAGAGGUCUAUCUCUAUUAACGAUUGCUGUAUAUGUAUAUGUGUCGUCAUGGAAGUCUUUAUACACGUGUCAUUUCUGGCGGCAAACUCUGUGACGUUAACUUAAUGGUUUUCAUUGGGAACUGAAAGUGUGAAAUUGAUUGUGUCAUGAUUAAACCUUGGACCUAUGACAGUGUACCAUAUUACUGUGACACAGUCCUUUUGGGACUCUUACAAAGUAAUAUAUUACUGUGACAUGGUGCUUUUGGGACUAGGUUAUGGUACCAAAAAUUAGAUGCGACACACUCAGAUGAACUCCACAGUCUCGUAUCUCUGAUGAAAAUUGAAGAAUCUUGCACAAACUGGCAUUGAAACAUUACCUUCGCUGAAGGCUAUCUUUCUGAAGACACCAGUUUUUUAUUCAUCAUGUGUUUAUAUGUAUGACAAAGUUCAGCUCGUUUGAAACAAUGGAAGAUCAGUGGCAAAGUGGUAAGAGUUCAAAGCUAAUUAUCAGGACGUUUUGGGUUCAACUCUUUGGAGGGAUCAUUAACGUUUCAUCUCCUUGUUCUUCGGCAAGACACCUAACCCUGCAUUGCUUCUCUCUGCCCCGUAGUACGAAUAUGUAUCCAUCUGACUUGGGAGUUAACCUGCGAAGGACCAUCAUUGCAUCUAGUAAUGCUCCAAGUCGGUCAAUGCCAAAAUUUACUGUGCAGAAUCUUUCUGUCUCCUUUGUAAAUUUGCACCUUCUGGAGAAAAUAAUCAUCCACAUUUCAUGCUGUUUUGUAGUGUCAGUACAUAAUGUGUAAAAAAACCCAAUUUCCACAAGUAUAUUUGAAUAAAGUGUUUAUA